AGUAUAUAAUACAUAAGGGUUAGAGAAUAGAGAACGUUUGCCCUGUUGGACAAAGAAAGACUGCCAAAAAUGAAGACACUCGCAAAAAUCUUCCUUAUGACCUUAGCUGUAGGCCUAAUGGUGAUGCUGAUGGUCGAAGCACAGAAAAACGAUGAUGUAAAAAAACCAGUUAAAGUCUGUGGGCGCAAUGAGGAGUAUAGUACAUGCAUGAACAAUUGCCCACUGACCUGUGCUAAUAGGCAUGAGCAAAUUGCAUGCAUCCAAGUGUGUCUGAAAGAGGGGUGUCAGUGUAAACAUGGCUACCUCAGGAACAGAAGGGGAAUCUGCGUCCUUGAAAAGAAUUGUAUCUGAGCUUGCAGUCUGGGCUGGAGCCAGGAGCCAACUUCAUGUUUUCUCCUAUGAACCUGGAUUCAGAGUGUGCCAAAAAAAAAAAAAUAACUGCGUUUGUUGGUACAGCCGAAAUAAUUGUGUCACCUUUUUAAGCCUCUGACAUAUUAUAGUACAUGCUUUGCUUUUCAAUAUUUGGUCCUCAUGCUUAGCCAUAAUUGCUUCUGUACUCAAAAAUAAACUAUAAAUUUAAGUGCC